UUAGCGAAACAUUCCCGCAGUGGAUUGUGGGUACAGAGGAAGUAAACAAAUCCUGGCGGAGGAUGGCGCAGAGAUGCGGGGAAACCGCGGGGAUCUUGAGAGAAUUCAGCGCGUCGUUCUUCGCCAUGAGGCGCGUGGCGGCUCUGCCGUGGACUGCUGUGGAGGAGGAGCUUCAGAUCUCCGGAUCUUCAGGAUUGAUCUCAGAUCUUCUGGCUCAGACCUGCCUGCAUCCUCUGUGCCGGAAGUUCCCCCCCUCCGUCAGAUACAGGAGGCUGUUCCUCUCAGAACUCAUCAAACGGCAGGAAGUGGCGGGCGGCGACCCCCUGGAUGAGCUGUACGACGCUCUGGCGGAGGUGCUGGGAGUGAAGGAGACGAGCGAGAGCUUCAGGAGCUACAGACUGCCCUGCGGUGCUUUCGUCAGCUUGCUGGAGAACGUGGCUCUGAUCUCCGGAGGAACCACGGGCCUGGUGACCUGGGAGGCUGCUCUGUACCUGGCGGAGUGGGCUCUGGAUCGGCCGCAGCUCUUCUCCGGCAGGGCGGUUCUGGAGCUAGGAAGUGGCGUUGGGAUGAGCGGCAUCAGCAUCUGCCGCGGCUGCGGCCCGCGCCGGUUCGUCUUCAGCGACUGUCACCCCGCCGUGCUGCAGAAGCUCAGGGAGAACGUGCGGCUGAACGGCCUCGGAGCGGACUCGCUUCCCGCCGUCAGCGUGAACCAGCUGGACUGGACCACGGCCACGGAGGAGGAGCUGCGGGCCGUCGGAGCGGACGCCGUCAUCGCCGCAGACGUGGUGUUUGACCCCGACCUCACAGGAAGUCUGGCGCAGCUGCUGUCUCGGGUCCUGCGGUGUCGGCCCGGUGAGGUGGAUCCGCUGGUUCUGAUCUGCUCCACCGUCAGGAACCCGCAGACGUACGGCGGCUUCAAGCUGCAGCUCGAAGAGGCCGGCCUCAGCCACGAGGUGAUGAGCGAGCCGGCGGCCCACGUCUUUCCCUACGACAGAACCACGCCCAUAGAGCUGCUGAGAGUCUUCAGGUGACAAAUAAAGAAUUUAUUCACAAAC